UAGCGGCUUCUGCCAAUGCGCAGCAAGACGGCAGAGCUUUUUUCCAUCGCGGAUAGACUGAGGAAGAAAUAAUCAUAGGAAAAUGAGGUGACAACAACGAUACAAAAAAACACAUCUGUGUUUCAAUUAGGCUAGCAUGCAUUUUUAUGGCAGGGUCCUCUGUUUGUCCGUCCACCAGAUCAAUUUCGAUGGAGGCACGUCUGCUGACAGAAGCAAGUAUUUAAACAAUGCCACGUAAAAUAGCGUUUUAUUGUUGUUGAAUGGACGUAAUUAGUUAUUGGUAGUAAACGAACCCGUUAUUUAGUGGCAAAGUUGAUCUGGCAUGGCGAUGUAAUCGGUUUGCCUCGUUCCCAUACUCUGGGGGUUAUUCCCUGGCAUCUCUGUUCUUCCUGGUGUGUGUUCUGCAGGAAUCGUUGCAGGAAGAACAAAAAACAGCAUGGCAUUUCAAUGGCAAAGGGAUGUGUGUUUUUCUACAGGUUUUUGGUGUCUUGUCCGAUCCUGUUUAAAAUGUGAACACGUUGGAUAGUAAAGUGGCUCUUGGACUUAUGUGGAGAGGGAACCGUGUGGGACAUAUUCUCUAUCUAUCAGCCAGAAAAAAACAUUGAGGAAACAGGGGAAGAGAAAAAUACGGUGUUCUGAAGUCUAGCAUGCCAUUGAGGGACAAACAAAAGAGAGAUGGUUAUCAACUGGCCUUUUUUGUACGGACUAAACAGAUGAAAGCAACACCCAAAAAUGACUCGGUGGAAUUACUGAUGACAUAGCGACAUCUGUUUUUUAAUAACAUUGUAUAUUAUCCCUGAGCCUUCAACGCUCCACGCUCCACUCUAUCUUGCUCCCUCUCUGUUUGCGAUAAAUGUUCUUUCAGAACCUCAGACAGCUCCCGUUAAACGCAAGCUCUGCUAUUGUGCCAUAAGUGACUGGAUCGAAAAUGUACGAGGGGAUUCAGUUUGAUCCUAUUGCUGUUUGGUUAUGCUCAUCGCUCACACUGAAAGCUAUCGGGAAUUGUUGUAGCGGCAUCCGUUGAAUCCCAAAAGAAACUGCCCAUCCAUGAAAAAACUUCCGCAUUGUCUAUCGACUACACAUGGAAACAGAGAAAAUGUAACAAGGCUUGAUACAAUCUAUUUACAUUAUAAUAUUUUGAUUUCCAUUGAUCAAGAUUUUUUUGUUGGCAGUCAUGCUUUUUAUAGAAACCUCUGAUAUUUUUGUUUUAAUAGUAUAGCCCAUAGCUAGGGAAGGCUACUUGAACCAAAUAGGUUUGCACUUGGUAGCAAUAAUAGGCUACUUACAAGCCCAUUUUGGCUCUCAAAUCGUGCAUAAGAAAUGCCUGAUUUAUACAACUCAAUUUAUUAGAAGUAAUCCUUCUAACCCCCCCCUUAAAAUAUUUAGAUGCACUAUUGUAAAGUGGUUGUUCCACUGGAUAUUAUAAGGUGAAUGCACCAAUUUGUAAGUCGCUCUGGAUAAGAGCGUCUGCUAAAUGACUUAAAUGUAAAUGUAAAUGUAUUUCACCCUACAGCCGCAUUUUGCCUAAGUGGGCUAGUUCAUGAUGUUUAAGUACCGGAUCCGUAUGUUUUUCAAUGAACUGAAAGUGCUGGUUUUGAUGCGGUCUGGCUCAAGACGGGGGACCGAUUCUGACACAAACCCAGACAGACGAACAAGCAGCAUGCGAGGGCUCGGGGUAGGAGGCUGCGGGUGGCCACCCUUCGACUGCUCUACCCGGGACGACGAAGAAGAGUACUAUGGCACCAAUCCCCGGCCGCGGAGCCUGGCAUUCGAGGAGAGGAAUGCGAAGCUCCAAGCGAGCCUGGACACUGUAUCGCUCACAAGCAGCUUGGACAGUGGCAUGCGCUCGCCGCAGUGCCGAAUCUGCUUCCAGGGCCCAGAACAGGGGGAGUUGCUGAGCCCAUGUCGCUGUGACGGCUCUGUGCGCUGUACCCACCAGCCCUGCCUCAUCCGCUGGAUCAGCGAGAGAGGCUCCUGGAGCUGUGAGCUCUGCUACUUCAAGUACCAGGUCCUUGCCAUCAGCACCAAGAACCCACUGCAGUGGCAAGCCAUCUCUCUGACGGUGAUAGAGAAGGUGCAGAUAGCAGCCAUCAUCCUGGGUUCUCUGUUCCUCAUCGCCAGCAUCUCCUGGCUGGUGUGGUCGUCCUUCAGCCCCUCGGCCAAGUGGCAGCGCCAGGACCUGCUCUUCCAGAUCUGCUAUGGCAUGUACGGCUUCAUGGAUAUCGUUUGCAUAGGCCUUAUAAUCCACGAGGGAUCGUCAGUAUACCGGAUCUUUAAGCGCUGGCAGGCAGUGAACCAGCAGUGGAAAGUACUGAACUAUGAGAAAGCCAAGGACCUGGGCGACCCCGUCAGCUCCAGCGGCAAGGGUGGGGGGCGUGGGGGUCGAAACCCUCCCCACGAAACCCUCCCCACGGCUGACAGGGUGGGCCGGACAGGCCAGCGUGUUAGGACUAUUCUCAACCACCACUGUGGCUACACCAUUCUGCACAUCCUCAGCCAGCUGAGGCCCAGUAACCCUCGCAUCAGAGCCACAUCCAACCGCGAGGUGGUCAUGAGGGUCACCACCGUAUGAGACCGGACCCCGCGGGGGAGGGGGCAACAAACACAAGGGCGUGGAUGCAGACGUCCUGCUCCUGAUAAACCCACCCUAUGGACACGAGGGGGGGGGGAGAGCAGCACAGUUAAAGUUACAGUCACAGACAGUAGGACAAAAUCAUGAAUAAAAAAUGUAAAAAGAAAAAAAGAAACAGCUGGAGGACUUUCUUUCACCAGCUGAAUUACAUAAAGCAUUGUCAUUAUUCCUGUUCGUCUGUUUUCUAAGGAAAAAUUGCAAGUAUUGUUAUUGAUUUAGAUUUUAUAAUCGAGAGCAGGUUAAGGAGGAAAAAUGGAAAGGGACAAUUUCUUACAUCUGCCCCCCUCCUCAACCCCCCCUCUCUCUCCUCAAGGUGUCUGUGACAGACAUUCUCUGUCCACCUGUAACACCUGAAGUGUCCCUGUGGCGCAAAGCAUACUGGGAACCACCUAAAGAAUGAGCAAAAAAGUGCAAUAAAACAGUUUAAAGAGAUAUGAUUGACAUAACAAAAUAAAUGAGAUUCCAACAUUACAAUUCAUCUUCUGCAAUAAAGAAACAUGUACAUGACAUGGUGAACCCCAA